UUUUUUUUUUUUUUUUUUUUUUGGUUUCUUGGGUUUUGUUUAUUUUGCAGCAGCUUUUGUUUUCUUUUGCAGCUCUUGUCCUCCGUAUUUGUCCACCUUUUAUUAGCAGAUUAGACACAAAUCAUAAAGUAUUCAAAUUCUCGAUUAGUUCUCGGCCUAUUAUGUCUAUCUUCACAUGCUCCUGAUGCUGCUUCGUGCUAGAGUUAAAAGAUCUGCAUUUUGUCUGGGCACCUGUUGUUUAAGGCGGCAAAUUUUGGGGUCGAAUAUCUUGCCAGAUAUUUUAUAUUAAGGUGGUAGAUGAACGUUUGUAAAAUGGAGAACUAUGAUAUAUUGGAGCAGAUUGGUAAAGGUUCUUUUGGUUCUGCGCUGCUUGUUAGACAUAAACAAGAGAAGAAAAAGUAUGUCCUGAAGAAAAUUCGCCUUGCUCGACAGACUGAUAGAACCCGCAGAUCUGCCCACCAGGAGAUGGAGCUCAUCUCAAAAGUCCAGAAUCCAUAUAUUGUGGAGUACAAAGAUUCCUGGGUGGAAAGGGGUUGUUAUGUAUGCAUUGUGAUUGGCUACUGUGAAGGAGGAGACAUGGCAGAAGCCAUUAAGAAGGCAAAUGGAGUUCAUUUCUCUGAGGAGAAGCUUUGCAAGUGGUUAGUUCAACUGUUGAUGGCACUUGAUUACUUGCAUGCCAACCAUAUACUUCAUCGUGAUGUCAAGUGUUCGAAUAUAUUUCUGACGAAAGAUCAGGACAUACGUUUAGGGGAUUUUGGUCUUGCUAAAGUAUUGACUUCUGAUGAUCUAGCUUCUUCCGUAGUUGGUACACCAAGUUAUAUGUGCCCUGAGCUUCUUGCCGAUAUACCUUAUGGUUCCAAGUCAGACAUCUGGUCCUUGGGAUGCUGUAUGUAUGAAAUGGCUGCUCACAAACCAGCAUUUAAAGCCUUUGAUAUACAAGGUCUAAUCAACAAAAUAAAUAAAUCCAUUGUGUCUCCGCUUCCAACCAUGUAUUCUGGUCCAUUCCGUGGGCUUGUCAAGAGUAUGCUCCGUAAAAAUCCAGAGCUUAGACCAAGUGCUGCUGACUUGCUCAGGCAUCCACAUCUUCGUCCCUAUAUCCUGAAUGUGCAUCUUAAGUCUAACAACCCCAGGUGGCAUACUUUUCCCUCUCUAUCAUCUGAUGCCAAUUUUGUCAAGAAACCGACUGCAGCUGUCAAAACGGAAAAAAGGCUAUCGUUUGGCAACAAUAGAGCUUUGAAUCCUAGUAUAUCAGGAAAUGAUCUGGACACUCCAUGUUCUUCUCGAAGAGCACAAAAAUCUUUGAGCCAUUUGAAUGAUAAUAAAUUCUCUAAAUUGUCUAUUGGUAGUGUGGGUGAUGAUGUAGGUGUCAAAAAGUUGCCAACCACAAAGUUAUCAAGUGCUCUAAGAACCCCUAGAUUGGCUUCAGCAAAGGCUCCUGUCAAUCCUAGAAGACAGUCGACUCCAUCAAAAAUAUCCAACCCUGGUUCAACCCGUGAAUUGCUUCCAGUGUCACACACCCCAGCUAGAAAACCUGCUCAAUCGACACGACGAGCAUCUCUUCCACUGUCUACAAGAGCUGUGCCCACCAGCUCCCCCUACAAACGAAAUGUUGGUCUACUUGGUAGCGUGGAGUCCCCUGAUGUCUCCGUCAAUGCCCCGCGAAUCGACAAGAUGGUUGAGUUUCCUUUGGCGUCUUCAGAUGACCCGUUGCUACCAAGUCGCAGAAGUUCCUUGACCUCCGCUCAGUGCUCUUAUGCCUCACCAUAUGGUACUGAUCGUUCCAUCACCAAAGACAAGUGCAUGGUUCAGAUUCUUGAUAGAACAUUUACCAGGCCACACUCUGCUCACGGUGUUCAAUACAUGGGAAGUGAGUGCUCGGAGCAUAAUCCAACGAGUGGUGGAGGUUCAAGCCGUUCGUCUUCGGAUUCUCGUCAACGCAGGUUCGAUACCUCAUCGUACCAGCAGAGAGCUGAAGCGCUGGAAGGGUUGCUUGAGUUUAGUGCCCAACUAUUGCAGCAAGAACGGUUCGACGAGCUUCAAGUGCUGCUGAAACCAUUCGGGCCCGAAAAGGUUUCCCCUAGAGAAACUGCCAUAUGGCUGACCAAGAGUUUCAAGGAGAACGUAGCGUGAUAAGAACUGCGCAACAAACCUUAUCAUGAUUCAUGAUGCUGGUUUUUCCAAUUACCCCAAAUUAACAGCUAAUGCAGGCUAGGAAACGUUGACUCUUCUCGGUGUAGUAAGUCUAUCUUGUUGGAUGACUUGUUAUGUCCAAAUGUGUACAUUCUGUAGUAGAUGGAGUUAUGCUGAGGCUCAGCAGCUGAGAAAAUGUGCGUGAAUGACUUGUUCAUGGGAAAGUUGAAAUCUAGGAUACCAUUUGUUGACUGUUUCUGUCUUCUCGAUAUGGAAUUAGUAGUUGUGGAGUUUUAACUGCUGGAAGAAUGAUUCCUGUUUCUUUUUCUUUGCACCUUGUGAUCCUACAUAGGAAAUUUAACUAUAAUUCAAGAAA